AAAGGUACUCAAAUGGACAAAACACUGAACACAGGAUGUUCCUAACCAAGCUCGUCACACAUUGUAAUGACCAAUUCACACCUCAGACCUCUCCCACCCUUGGAAACAAAAGAUAUGUUAAUGACCAUUCACACCUCAGACCUUCCCACCCUUGGAAACAAAAGAUAUGUUAAUGACCAUUCACACCUCAAAUUCCUCAUGUAGACCCCCUGCCAGGUGACCUUAAUGACCCCCUCCACCAGACACCUUUCCCACCCUUGGAAACAAAA